CCGGUCCCCUCGCCCGCCAGUCAGUGACCGGCCGCUCCCUGCACGACUCGUGAGGCUUCCGCCAUAUUGCAUUACAAACCCGUUCCGCUCCCUCGAAAAUGUAUCAAAAUGGUCUUUCUUAAACUGGACAAGUGCCGCCGCGACGCGAAAGUAACAGAGACUAUAGCGCUGUUCGAAGAACCUAAUCACCCCAAGAGGUUCUUCAAGUACAGUUGACCGCAGGUGCCCGCGUUCCGGGAUCCUCGGUUUGUGUUUCGGAACUCUUCGUUGACUUUAGACAAGCCGCCUAGACAAAAAACUUAAAUACUCCGCGCACAUUAUCUUUUUUACUCAUCGAAACUUUUUGCUACAUUAUUUUCGGCCAGUGUUUUAACUUUUUGACUUCGAAACUUUUUGGUGACGAUGGACGCAAAGAAGAUGGAGAAGCCCAAGUACACGCGGAUCCAGUCGUACGGCAGCAUGACCUCAUCCCGAAGUGAGGACGACAUGACGGUGCACAGCCAGGUGUUCCCCUACCCUAAGAAGAUGCUGGUGGAACGGGAGAUCCUUUACGAAGAGGAGCACCCGCCGUUCCAGCCGCUGAUCGUGACGUCACAGCUGUUCGGCAAGGCGCGCGCCCCCUGCCUCCUUCUGAGCUACCUGACCUUCUACUCCAUAUACCUGGUGACGGGCGCGCUGGUGUUCUCCGCACUGGAGGCUCCCAUGGAGAACGACAUUCGGCUGGAGGUGAUCCGUGCCAAGCAGGACUUCUUGGCUUUAAAUCCAGGAGUGGCUGACGCCGACCUGGAGUCUCUGCUGGACGUGGUGGUGCUGGCCAGCAACCGCGGCGUGUCGGCCGCGAGGAACGUCAGCGGCGGCCCCAACUGGAGCUUCGGCCAGUCGCUGUUCUUCGCGAGCACCGUCGUCACCACCAUCGGAUACGGCCACGUGACCCCUCUGUCGAAGCCCGGCAAGCUGUUCUGCAUGGUCUACGCGCUGCUCGGAAUCCCUCUAACCCUGGUGCUGCUGUCGGCUCUGGUGGAGCGUCUUCUUCUCCCGGCCACGGCCAUGCUGAGGGCCCUGAAUGCCAGGCUCGGCCAUCUGUACCGCCCGUUCACUAUACGGCUCGUGCAUUUGAGCAUUAUUGUAUCAAUCCUCAUUAUCUUCUGCCUGGUGAUCCCGGCCUCCAUCUUCGCGGCUCUGGAGCCGGGCUGGGACUUCCUUGACUCGCUGUAUUACUGCUUCAUCUCGCUCACCACCAUCGGCCUCGGAGACUACAUCCCGGGAGACUCGCCUGACCAGCCCUACCGACCGCUGUACAAGGUGUUGACUACCUGCUACCUACUCACCGGGCUGACCUGCCUGAUGCUGACGCUGACCGUGUUCUACGACAUCCCGCAGCUGAACCUCAGCUCCGUGUUCUCCUCCGUCAAGCUCGAUGAUGACCCGGAGAAGAUGCGCCUCAGUGGGUCAGGCCUUUGCCCCGGCUACGGAAUCGGCGGUCUAGUCAUGCGCGACGAAUACAGCGGCGACCAGCGUCGCUCCAUCGUGCAGAUCCGCCCCCGCGCCGACGACAGCCCCUCUCCUGAAGACACCACCCCCGUGCACGCGCGUGACCUACGUGUCCAUUAAGCAGCGGGUCACUCUCUAAGACGAAAAACGAAGUUUCGGAGCGCAGCCAUGACUCCAUCUCAUCUAGGCAGCUCUCGUUCGUUCGUUUUUCGUCAGAGUAACCCUCCAGGCGCGAUGGCACGGACGAUGCGGAAUUAUUACCUCCUUGUUUGUUGGCUGAAUGGUUCGAGGUUCAAGCCUCUUUGCGGGAAAACUGUUUGGUUAAGUACAUACUCCUUGGAGAGCGUUUCGAUGAGUAAAGUAAACAAAAAAAAAUGAUUCCAGUUUUGAAAUUCGUAUCUAUGCGCUAGCUAUUAUUCGUUGAAACGUUUUCUAAACGAGAAAUCCAUAGAGCUAAAAAGAGGUGUGAACCAUAUUGCCUGUGAAUUUAGGGGUAGUUCCAAAAAAUAUGAUCUUAAGAACGGAUUGUUUCGUAAUCGUCCGACAUUGCAGUUCAAUGAAGUGAGUUUGGUUUCCACCCGGUUUUGCUCGUGUCGCCAUGUCCGGCACAAUACAACUUGCGAAUCCAUACGGAACCGAUGAAAAUAAGAUUUUAUGUAACAUUAUACUGAAUAUAAUAUAUCUGUCUGUAAAAU